GGCGCGCGAGCGGAGCGGUGUGGGGCUCGAGGGCGCGUCCACGUGGCCGGCGGGCGGCCACCCGGAGCCAGCGGCGGCGGAGGGACAGGCCCACCCCCGGGGCAGCCGCCGGCCAUGCCCGCCGUCGGCCUCCUCCUGCUGUUCCUCCUUGCCAUGGGGCGGGCCCUGGGUGGCAGCACGCCGCCCUUCCCUGCCUUCUCAGUGACGGACACCUCGCUCACCCACCUGGCCGUGCACCGGGUGACCGGGGAGGUGUUUGUGGGCGCGGUGAAUCGCGUCUUCAAGCUGGCCCCCAACCUGACCGAGCUGCGGGUCCACGUCACGGGGCCCGUCGAGGACAACGCUCGCUGCUACCCACCCCCCAGCAUGCGUGUCUGUGCCCACCGCCUGGCGCCUGUGGACAACGUGAACAAGCUGCUGCUCAUCGACUACGCAGCCCGCCGCCUGGUGGCCUGCGGCAGCAUCUGGCAGGGCAUCUGCCAGUUCCUGCGCCUGGACGACCUCUUCAAGCUGGGCGAGCCCCACCACCGCAAGGAGCACUACCUGUCGGGGGCCCAGGAGCCUGACUCCAUGGCGGGCGUCAUCGUGGAGCAGGGCCAGGGGCCCAGCAAGCUGUUCGUGGGCACCGCCGUGGAUGGCAAGUCUGAGUACUUCCCCACCCUGAGCUCCCGAAAGCUCAUCGGCGACGAGGACGGCGCCGACAUGUUCAGUCUGGUGUACCAGGACGAGUUCGUCUCCUCUCAGAUCAAGAUCCCCUCAGACACGCUGUCCUUGUACCCAGCCUUCGACAUCUACUACGUCUACGGCUUUGUGAGCGCCUCCUUCGUGUACUUCCUGACACUGCAGCUGGAUACCCAGCAGACACUGCUGGACACGGCGGGCGAGAAGUUCUUCACGUCCAAGAUCGUGCGCAUGUGCUCGGGGGACUCGGAGUUCUACUCGUACGUGGAGUUCCCCAUCGGCUGCUCUUGGCGCGGCGUGGAGUACCGCCUGGUGCAGAGCGCCCACCUGGCCAAGCCCGGCCUGCUGCUGGCCCAGGCCCUGGGUGUGCCGGCCGACGAGGACGUCCUCUUCACCAUCUUCUCUCAGGGCCAGAAGAACCGGGCCAGCCCGCCGCGGCAGACCGUCCUCUGCCUCUUCACCCUCAGCAGCAUCAAUGCCCACAUCCGGCGCCGCAUCCAGUCCUGCUACCGUGGGGAGGGCACGCUGGCCCUGCCUUGGCUGCUGAACAAGGAGCUGCCCUGCAUCAACACCCCCAUGCAGAUAAAUGGAAACUUCUGCGGGCUGGUGUUGAACCAGCCGCUGGGCGGCCUGCACGUGAUCGAGGGGCUGCCCCUGCUAGCCGACAGUACCGAUGGCAUGGCCAGUGUGGCCGCCUACACCUACCAGCAGCACUCUGUGGUCUUCAUCGGCACCCGCGGCGGCAGUCUGAAGAAGGUACGGGUCGACAGCUCUCAGGAGGCCCACCUGUAUGAGACGGUGCCUGUGGUGGAUGGCAGUCCCAUACUCCGUGACCUGCUCUUCAGCCCCGACCACCGGCACGUCUACCUCCUGAGCGAGAAGCAGGUGAGCCAGCUCCCGGUGGAGACCUGCGAGCAGUACCCAAGCUGUGCGGCCUGCCUGGGCUCGGGGGACCCGCACUGCGGCUGGUGCGUGCUGCAGCACAGAUGCUGCCGCCAUGGGGCCUGUCCAGGCGCCUCGGCCCUGCAUGGCUUCGCCAAGGAGCUGAGCAAGUGUGUCCAGGUGCGGGUCCGGCCCAACAACGUGUCAGUGACAUCGCCUGGGGUGCAGCUGACCGUGGCCAUAAGCAACGUGCCGGACCUCAGUGCGGGCGUGAGCUGCGCCUUCGAGGAGGUGACCGAGAGCGAGGCCGUCCUGCUGCCCUCUGGAGAGUUACACUGUCCAUCGCCUUCCCUGCAGGAGCUCCGGGCUCUCACCCGGGGGCACGGGGCCACGCGCACCGUGCAGCUGCAGCUGCUCUCCAAGGAGAGCGGCGUGAGGUUUGCCGGGGCCGACUUUGUCUUCUACAACUGCAGCGUCCUCCAGUCGUGCAUGUCCUGCGUCGGCAGCCCUUACCCCUGCCACUGGUGUAAGUACCGCCACGUGUGUACCAGCCACCCCCAUGAGUGCUCCUUCCAGGAGGGCAGGGUCCACAGCACCGAGGGCUGCCCUGAGAUCCUGCCCAGUGGGGACCUCCUGAUCCCAGUAGGCGUCAUGCAGCCUCUCACCCUGCGGGCCAAGAACCUGCCGCAGCCCCAGUCGGGCCAGAAGAACUACGAGUGCGUGGUCCGGGUGCAGGGGCGGCAGCAGCGGGUGCCUGCCGUGCGCUUCAACAGCAGCAGCGUGCAGUGCCAGAACGCCUCGUAUUCCUAUGAAGGUGAUGAGUAUGGUGACACCGAGCUGGACUUCUCCGUGGUCUGGGAUGGAGAUUUCCCCAUCGACAAGCCCGCUACCUUCCGAGGUGAGCGGCGGGAUGGGGCUGAGGAGCUCGCCUCCUGGGGCGGAGAAGGCACGUGCUGGGGCCGGGCCCACAGCGGGACCCUUCGUAGCUGCUCCCCAGCGGUGCCCUCUGUGCCCACAGCCCUCCUGUACAAGUGCUGGGCGCAGCGGCCCAGCUGUGGCCUCUGCCUCAAGGCUGACCCUCGCUUCAACUGUGGCUGGUGCAUCUCGGAGCAUAGGUGCCAGCUGCGGGCCCACUGCCCGGCCCCCAAGACCAACUGGAUGCACCCGAACCAGAAGGGCGCUCGCUGCAGCCACCCCCGCAUUGCCCAGAUCCACCCGCUCAUGGGGCCCAAGGAGGGAGGCACCCGGGUCACCAUCGUGGGCGAGAACCUGGGCCUCACCUCCCGAGACGUGGGCGUGCGGGUGGCCGGCGUGCGCUGCAACUCCAUCCCCGCCGAGUACGUCAGUGCCGAGAGGAUCGUGUGUGAGAUGGAGGAGUCUCUGGUGCCCAGCCCGCCACCGGGGCCCGCGGAGCUCUGCGUCAGCGACUGCUCGGCUGACUUCCGCACGCAGUCUGAGCAGCUCUACAGCUUCGUGACGCCCACGUUCGACCGCGUGAGUCCCAGUCGGGGCCCAGCCUCGGGGGGCACGCGAAUCACCAUUUCCGGCCAUUCUCUGGACGCCGGCAGCAGAGUCACAGUGACCAUGAGGGACGGCGAGUGCCAGUUCGUGAGGAGGGAUGCUGAAGCGAUCGUGUGCAUCUCGCCUGUCUCCACCCUGGGCCCGAGCCAGGCCCCCAUCACCCUGGCCAUCGACCGCGCCAACGUCUCCAGUCCCGGCGUCCUCUACACCUACACCCAGGACCCCACCGUCACUCGCCUCGAGCCCACCUGGAGCAUCAUCAAUGGAAGCACCGCCAUCACCGUGAGUGGGACCCACCUGCUGACGGUCCAGGAGCCCCGGGUCCGGGCCAAGUACCGAGGCAUCGAGACCACCAACACGUGCCAGGUGAUCAACGACACCGCCAUGCUGUGUAAGGCCCCCGGCAUCUUCCUGGGGCGGCCCCAGCCGCAGGCCCAGGGUGAGCACCCUGACGAGUUCGGCUUCCUGCUGGACCACGUGCAGACGGCCCGUUCCCUCAACCGGUCCUCCUUCACCUACUACCCCGACCCCAGCUUCGAGCCACUCGGGCCCUCUGGGGUCCUGGACGUCAAACCUGGCUCCCACAUAGUGCUGAAGGGCAAGAAUCUGAUCCCCGCGGCGGCCGGCAGCUCCCGCCUCAACUACACGGUGCUGAUCGGGGGCCAGCCGUGCACGCUCACCGUCUCGGACACGCAACUCCUGUGUGACUCCCCCAGCCAGACGGGCCGGCAGCCGGUCAUGGUGCUGGUGGGCGGCCUGGAGUUCUGGCUGGGCACCCUGCACAUCACGGCCGAUCGGGCGCUGACCCUGCCGGCUGUGGUGGGGCUGGCGGCGGGGGGCGGGCUCCUACUGCUGGCCAUCACCGCCGUGCUGGUCGCCUACAAACGCAAGACUCAGGAUGCCGACCGCACGCUCAAGCGCCUCCAGCUCCAGAUGGACAACUUGGAGUCCCGGGUGGCCCUGGAAUGCAAGGAAGCCUUCGCUGAGCUGCAGACAGACAUCAACGAGCUGACAAACCACAUGGAUGGCGUGCAGAUCCCCUUCCUGGACUACCGGACCUACGCCGUGCGCGUGCUCUUCCCGGGCAUCGAGGCCCACCCAGUGCUCAAGGAGCUGGAUACACCCCCCAACGUCGAGAAGGCCCUGCGUCUCUUUGGGCAGCUGCUGCACAGCCGCGCCUUCGUGCUCACCUUUAUCCACACUCUGGAGGCUCAGAGCAGCUUCUCCAUGCGCGACCGUGGCACCGUGGCCUCGCUCACGAUGGUGGCCCUGCAGAGCCGCCUCGAUUACGCCACGGGGCUCCUCAAGCAACUGCUGGCGGACCUCAUCGAGAAGAACCUCGAGAGCAAGAACCACCCAAAGCUGCUCCUGCGCAGGACCGAGUCGGUGGCUGAGAAGAUGCUCACCAACUGGUUCACCUUCCUGCUGCAUAAGUUUCUGAAGGAGUGCGCCGGGGAGCCGCUUUUCCUGCUCUACUGCGCCAUCAAGCAGCAGAUGGAGAAGGGCCCCAUCGACGCCAUCACGGGCGAGGCGCGCUACUCCCUGAGCGAGGACAAGCUCAUCCGCCAGCAGAUCGACUACAAGACGCUGACCCUGCACUGUGUGUGCCCGGAGAGCGAGGGCAGCGCUCAGGUCCCGGUGAAGGUUCUCAACUGUGACAGUAUCACCCAGGCCAAAGACAAGCUGCUAGAUGCUGUGUACAAGGGCAUCCCCUACUCUCAGCGCCCCAGAGCUGAGGACAUGGACCUAGAAUGGCGCCAGGGCCGCAUGGCCCGCAUCAUUCUCCAGGACGAGGAUGUCACCACCAAAAUCGAGUGUGACUGGAAGAGGGUCAACUCACUGGCCCACUACCAGGUGACAGACGGUUCCUUGGUGGCACUGGUGCCCAAACAAGUGUCAGCCUACAACAUGGCCAACUCCUUCACCUUCACCCGCUCUCUCAGCCGUUAUGAGAGCUUGCUCCGCACGGCCAGCAGCCCUGACAGCCUCCGCUCUCGGGCACCCAUGAUCACGCCUGACCAGGAGACGGGCACCAAGCUGUGGCACCUGGUGAAGAACCACGACCACGCCGACCACCGAGAGGGAGACCGAGGCAGCAAGAUGGUCUCGGAGAUCUACCUGACGCGGCUGCUGGCCACCAAGGGCACACUGCAGAAGUUCGUGGAUGACCUCUUCGAGACCGUGUUCAGCACGGCGCACCGGGGCUCGGCCCUGCCCCUGGCCAUCAAGUACAUGUUCGACUUCCUGGACGAGCAGGCCGACCAACGGCAGAUCAGCGAUCCCGACGUGCGCCACACCUGGAAGAGCAACUGCCUGCCCCUGCGCUUCUGGGUGAACGUGAUCAAGAACCCGCAGUUCGUCUUCGACAUCCACAAGAGCAGCAUCACGGACGCCUGCCUGUCGGUGGUGGCCCAGACCUUCAUGGACUCCUGCUCCACGUCCGAGCACCGCCUGGGCAAGGACUCCCCCUCCAACAAGCUGCUCUACGCCAAGGACAUCCCCAACUACAAGAGCUGGGUGGAGAGGUACUACCGGGACAUAGCCAAGAUGGCGUCCAUCAGCGACCAGGACAUGGACGCGUACCUGGUGGAGCAGUCCCGUCUCCACGCCAGUGACUUCAACGUCCUGAGCGCGCUCAGUGAGCUCUACUUCUACGUUACCAAGUACCGCCAGGAGGUUCUCACCGCUCUGGACCGAGAUGCCUCUUGCCGGAAGCAGAAGCUGCGCCAGAAGCUGGAACAGAUCAUCGGCCUCGCGUCCAGCAACAGCUGAGGGAGGCGGACCCCGUGAGGACGGGGCUUCUCAGUCCUGAGCCGUCCUCCCGUGCAGAGGGGCGUCUCCCGCCUGGGUCCCGGGGCUGAGCCCUGGAUCGGGUGGCAUGAGGUCACCGGGCCAAGAUGCCCUGGGCACAGCCGGGCCCCCGUCAUUAGUGCCUUGCUUUGGGCCCUGCGUGGGGAGGGGGUGACCGGACCAAGCCCCCCACCCCGGCAGCAGCAAUACCCCCGCCCUCCCACCCUCGUGCCGGGGGUUGUGGUCGCCCCUGCCCUCCUUGCUAUUUAUACCCCAACCACCUAUUUAUUUAAUUUAUCUCCACCUCACCGUCGUCUCCAUCUGUAAAUACGCGCCCCCUCCUCCCCCACCCCCCGGAGGUUGCCAGCCUCACUCACCUUCUCUCCUUGAGUCCUCCCGGCUCCCUUGUGACAGGGUCAGCCUUGGCCUAGCCUCUGGCCCCGCCCCCUUGCCCUGGCUGGCCCCACCCAUGCCGAGGACGGGGCCUCGGCACCAGCAGCCCUUGGGGCGGGUGAGGCACCGAAGUUGCCCUCGGACGGUGGCUCGGCCAAGGGGUCCCCCUGCGGCCACCGCAGCAGCCCCUCCAGACUUCUCGGGCCGGGACUGUACCCCCUCCCAGGGCCCCGUUCUCUCUCAGCGCCUGGAGAGCUUGAACCAGGCUCCUGCCAGGGCGUGAGCUGGGCCUGGGGGCACUGAACUCCCCAUCUCCGGGCCCUGCUGCCAAACCCCCUCGGUGUGGUUUGCGCGUCCGGACCCCUCAUCCUCCGCUGCCCUGUCCUGCGCCCGCCCCGAGGGGCAGAGGCGGCAGUGCCUUACUCCUUUGUCCUUCUGCCUCCUCGGAGGAAUCUGGCCCCGGCCCGCACUCCUGGAAACCCACUUGGCCCCUUUUUCUCUUUUUUGCAUGAGGUUUUCUUUGUCCUUGUAAUUUUUUUUCCUAAUU